UUUAAAUGUUAGGUCAUGAGGAAGAAGGAAAACGAUUUCAAGAGCUGCACUUAAGCAUCUAGAAUUUUCUGCGUCACACCUCUUGAGAGAAGAGACUGGCUCCAGGUCUGACUCAGGCCACUACAAGCUAGACUCUCUUCUUAAAGCACCAACAUUACUUUAGUCUUUGGAUAAAAUUGAGAAAAGAGUCUACAAGUAUUGUGGACUCUACAGGAGGCAGGAGGCUGACAACUGGCAGUAAAGACAAAGAUGUCAGGCCUGAGGCCCAGCACUCAAGUGGACCCUGAGAUUGAGCUUUUUGUAAAGGCUGGAAGUGAUGGAGAGAGUAUUGGAAACUGUCCCUUUUGCCAACGCCUUUUCAUGAUCCUCUGGCUUAAAGGAGUUAAAUUUAAUGUGACAACUGUUGACAUGACCAGAAAGCCUGAAGAACUGAAGGACUUAGCCCCAGGUACCAAUCCUCCGUUCCUGGUGUAUAACAAGGAGUUGAAAACAGACUUCAUUAAAAUUGAGGAGUUUCUAGAACAAACCCUGGCUCCUCCAAGGUACCCUCACCUGAGUCCCAAGUACAAGGAGUCUUUUGAUGUGGGCUGUAACCUCUUUGCCAAGUUUUCUGCAUACAUUAAGAAUACACAAAAGGAGGCAAAUAAGAAUUUUGAAAAAUCUCUGCUCAAAGAAUUCAAGCGUCUGGAUGACUACUUAAACACCCCACUUCUGGAUGAAAUUGAUCCAGACAGUGCUGAGGAACCCACAGUUUCCAGAAGACUAUUCUUGGAUGGGGACCAGCUAACACUGGCUGAUUGUAGCUUGUUACCCAAGCUGAACAUUAUUAAAGUUGCUGCCAAGAAAUAUCGUGACUUUGACAUUCCAGCAGAAUUCUCAGGAGUCUGGCGUUAUCUCCACAAUGCCUAUUCCCGUGAAGAAUUUACCCACACGUGUCCUGAAGACAAAGAAAUUGAAAAUACUUACGCAAAUGUGGCUAAACAGAAGAGUUAGGACAGCUCUUACAGGAGAAAAGGCUAUAUUUGUGAUGAAAUUUUACUUAGUGACAUAUUAGAAAGGUUUUUGCAAAUAAGAAUAUGAAAAAUACUGUUUCUUCUAUCCAACUCUCUUAUGAAAAGAAACUCUGUAUUUCCUGUUAGCCAUAAACAAUCUGUCCACUGUAUUUUACAGGUCUUCAUACUUUUACUUAAUUUUCUUUAUUUGUAUGGCAAACCACUGCAAUCCUGAAUGACAUGGAAAGCAUCACGAUCUUUUGCCCUUUGCUUGAAUUCCUGGAAUGCAUACAUGUAAGCUAAACAGAUGUCUGCAGUUAUAAAUGUCAUAAGUACAUUUCCAUAUAAAUUGCUAAAAUAAUUUCACAUUUUUGUUACUUUAAUAUAUACAUGAGUUUAUUUCUGAUAUAAAUAAUAAAUUCAGAGAGUGAGCAUAUCAGAGAGGCAAAUUCUUAAAGAAUGAUUUUUAAAAUCAGCUCUAGGAAGAGAUCAAGAUCAAUUGGUCGUAGAACAGCAUUUAACGCCUAGAACUAUAACCACCUCAUGGUCAGAGAUGAGAAUGUAGCCUUUGUGACCAGAUUAUAUUAUUUUUAAAUGAAGAAGCACUCAUUAAAUAAAACAUAAUUUUAAAAAAC